AUGUCUUCCUACACCUACGCCGAACACCUCGAGGAACACGCCAAGCCCCAUGCAGGCUUCAUCGCAGCCAAGCCAGAGGACUACUCACGGCCCCAUCCCCGCAUUCUCCUCCUCCGCCGGGCGCCCGACAAGUGGUCCGCGGGCCUCUGGGAGACCCCCGGCAGCACCUACAAGGAGACGGACGCCAGCGUGCUGGCCUGCGCCUCCCGCAAGGUCUUCGAAGAGACCGGGUGCCGUGUGUCGCGCUUCGUGGAUCUGGUUGCCCUCGACAAGUGGCAGCUGCUCCGGCCUCAGGGUGUGCGGUAUAUGGAGAAGUACAUGUUCCUGGUGGAGGUGGAUGGGGAGGACUGGGAGAAGAAGAUCAAGCUCGCACCGAAUCAGCAUGAUGAUUUCCUUUGAGGAAGCGGGGGUUUCGCCAAUGGUGCU